ACGUCGUUGGUUGGACUCGCUGGUUUGCUUGUUGCACCCCGCGUGUUUAGCGUUCACGUUCCAGCGUGUGUUUAAAAAUAGUGUUUCAUAGUUGGAGAACGUGAGCUCGACGUCCAGAUUUAGAUAUUUUGGAAGAGAACUCACGCUAAUUAUAAACGUGAUGUAGAUCGAGCCGCUGUCGGAACGAUUCAACUACGGAGCCAGCGCUCGCUCAGUGGAGCGCUCACUUCUGCGCUUUGUGACCGCGUCGGGUGAUUUUCAAUAAUGGGUGAUAUAUCGGAACCGAUAAAGAAAUGUAUACUAAUACUAAAAGCCGCCAAAAGCGACACGGAGAAAUUCGCGGCGCUGUUUAUGGUGACUAAACUUGUGAAGAGUAAAGACUGCCAAUCGCAAGCUAAGAAAGCACUCUUCGAAGCCAUUGGAUUCAAGUUCCUGAAGAAGCUGCUAACCAGCAACUCUGUGCAGGAUGACUGCCCGCCAUCUGUGUACAAGUCAGUCGCCCUCUCAAUCCUUACCACCUUCUGCAAUGAUCCUGAGCUUGCUACACACCCUGAAAUGCUUGCCAACAUACCGGUGUUCCUUGACAUAGUGCAAACAUCUGAAAGUGAAGACUAUGAUGAUGACCUUAUCAUUGUCAGCGAAGCUUACACGUGCCUGCAGUGCAUUGCUGAACAUGAAGCCGGUCAAAAGGCUCUCAUUGAGGUUGGUGCCAUCACUAAAAUGUCAGAAAUUUACUCGGUUCAAAGUUUCCAAACUGAUGAAGCUCUUAACAUUCUUGUGAAGCUGGUGAGCAGAUAUGGCCCUGCAGCUUGGGGCGAUGAUCCAAAACCUUUCCACGCUCUGGUUAAUAAAAUAGCACUAGACUUUGCCACUGACCAGUCCGAGCGCAAGUUUGAAUUAGCAACAAUCUUGAGUGCCCUUCUCUACAGCUGCAACAAAAUUACUGUUGUACCUACCUCCGCAGAGGAAACAUGGCCACAGAGUAUCUACAAAGCCCUUCAUGACAUUCUUACCAGCAAGAUUGGUAAAAAUCAAAGGGAUCCUGCUCUUAAAUUGGCUGCAAAUGUUGUUGAUCUGCUUGGCAUUGAGUGGACCUUAAAUGAUGAGGAAAACCCCAAGAAGUUUUUCCUAUUGCUACAACAACUCUGUGCCAUAGAAAUUAGAAUGCAGUUGGAAGACAGGAGUUUCAAACAAGCAUAUGGAAAUGCUGAAUUAGUGACAGCUUGCUUCAUUGUAUUAGAGUUAUCUAUCAACUACAUGGCCACAGACCAACUGGACUUGGAACAAAAAGAGAAGCAGUCUGUUUACACUGGUCUCAAGGGUGCAUUCAAUGCAAUAGUGUCUAUGUUAACUAAAGUGUUUAAUGACAAGAACAGAGACAAAUUACCUGAUGCUGAGAAGGUGUAUGUUUGUGCCAUGGUCAGAGUGUUGGUGGCUUGGAUUGCUCAAGAAACAACAGCCAUGAGGGAACAAAUCUAUACAUUGAUGCCCUUCAUGUUCUCUCUUGCAAAUGACUCCUUCCAUGCCUACAGAGCCAGGAAGAUGGCUGAGAAGACCAAGUCUGAGGGUGAAGCUAUGGACACUGAUGUUAGUCUGAUGGGACAAAUUGAUCUUCUUCGCUUAAUGUUGCCAGCACUGUGCCACUUAGUAGUAGAAGACAAGGCUAGAGCCAUAGUAUUAAAUCUUAAACAAGAAGAUAUUUUAUAUGAAGCUAUGUGCUUCCAUUGGUCAAUUGUACAUUACAAGAAGCCACCCGUACCUAAAUCAGAGAGGUUGAAAGUUAUGAAUCAACCCGCCCGUGAACUAGACCCUCAAGUAUUAGAAGAUAUGAAAGAUUCUAGAGCAGCUAUGGUGAGCCUUUGCAACAUUUUCAUGAACCUAACAGUGCUGGCUCCUAAAGUUGUUGAAACCAGCAUGUUAUUCAACACACUCCUCAAGUUCAUCUUUAAUGACUUACCUGAACUCAAGGACAUACCUGAGAACUUAGUACUCCACGGACAUCUGGCUGUACUGGGUUUACUUCUGCUUAAACAACAAGCUAGCAAAGUGAAGAAGAAUGACUUCUCUAUCUGCAGAUAUAUCCAGUCUACAAUCAGAUUCUUGUGGGACGCGUACAACAUUGAUGAGUCAAAUGACCCCAGUGCGCUGGUAGUGUCAAUGAGCUAUAAAGAGCACUGGAAUGAAAUAGCUGACUUGUGGUUCUUGGGCAUGCAGACUAUGAGUGGAGUUCUCACAAUGGUGCCAUGGAUAUCUGAGUUUGCCAUUGAGAGUGGAUGGGCUCAGGGCAUCGCUGAAAUGCUUACCAAAGUUAAAGUUGGUACUCUCCCACCCAAUGUAAAGUCAGCCUUUGAAGACUUCCUCUGUAGGCUAGUAGAUUCCAAUGAGAGUGUUAUUCCAGUUUUGAAGAAAGCUGGUGCACUUAAGAUGUGCAGGAAUCACAGAUUAAUGGAAUUAGGCAAAAAGUUGUUUGGCGAUUAAAUUGUUAUUUGAGUUUAUAGGUAGGUAUAAUACCUACUUGUUUUUAUACACACAGAUUACAGUAUAAUACAUUUUUCUAGGAUGUACUUAAAAUUGAUUUUGUAAUUACCACACAGUAUAAGUCUAACAAUUACUUUCAGUUACGAUUGUUUUCAAGAAGAUACUGUACAUAAAUUUUAACAAGUUUGUCUGUAAUAUAAUUUGACUGGCUACUUUUUUUUAAUAACAAUAACAUUGUUUGAUAUUCAAUAAAGUUUUUGAUAUUAACUGAA